CCAAUGAAUCCUUUUGCAUCAGCUAUCUGAAGUUAGUCAAUGGUGGUUAUGGUUAGUGUGAGGAUCUGGGUGGUGCAUUCAGAUGCUAAGCUACACUAUAUAUUGUAUGUUAAUGUUCUUUCACAUAUGGUCAAAUGUGGGAUGGCCUUGUGAGUGAGACCAAGCUCUUUCUUCUGUCAUAUGCAAUUUUCUUAGGAGUGUAGGGUUUGUUUAGUUUCAAAGCUGUGAUAUUAGUAGAAAAACAAAUGAUCUUAGGUUAACUGUGGUAGUCACACAGGUCUACGUUUGGGGUUUGGUAACACUGCGAUUAUGUCUGAAAAUAUGAGUCCUGAAAGAUCUUGUAGCAACUAAUGAAUGUUACUUUGCCACUAGGAACCUAUUAUACUGAUGUUUACAUUUCCAUUUUUAGGAAAACCUGUGCACGAGUCAACGGAGGCCGGACGCACAAACUCAAGGAUUGGGUUAAACUGGAGUUUAUCUGUAUUAAACAACUUUGUUUGCCAAAGCUACCCUCGCAUCAGUUUAAAUUUAAUAGGCUUUGAAUUGGCAAGGACAGGCAAAGGACGCAAGAUCCAGAAAUUGCAAGUUAGUUCUGUGAAGGAACUAAAAGCAGUUGUUGGCAAAAGCAGGCUUUACAUCGUGCCACGAGCCACUGUCUUCAAGGUAACAUCACCACCCUCUGCCAUGUCCCAGAAUUCAUUCCAACCACUCACAGCUCCAGCAGUAGAUGAGACCUCACAAGUGGUUUCAGAUCAGGUGGCAUCCACAUCCUCUGCCAUAUCCAUGAAUUUAUUCCCACCACUCUCAAUUGCUCCGGUACAAGAUGAGACCACGCCUGUGGCUGAGAGUACCCAAGCUCAAAGUGUGGUUGCAAAUCAGGCUCUUCAAGAAUGGCGAGCAAUACGUGCCCAGCAAGACCAGGAGUAUAAUACAAGUUUGUUGGUGGAUCAGGAGAAGGAGAGGAAGAAACUAGUCUAUCAGUCUUGUGAGGAAAGAUGUCAAAAGGCUAUUGAGGCAAGACGUCAGCGAAUGUCUGCAUGUGAGGAACCCUCAGAUGGGGUGUUGAUCAAAUUUAAAUAUCCAAAUGGACACACCAAUAUGAGAAAAUUCCGUUUGUCGGAGCCAAUCCAGGUGAUGUGUGUUCAGCUUGAGAAAAUAUCAAGUGUCUUUCUGAGUGGUCCAGUGGGUUGUAAAACUUGA